CGCUGGAAGGUCGUAGGAAGACCUUGCUCCCCAUUACAUCAUCGCGCGACGAGCGAACUUAAGGAAAUGUCGAACGUCGGGGGGGAAUCCAUCGCGAUGGGACCAAGAGCCGCUCGAGCCGCUUAAUUAGGCAUCUCAGCGCGCAAGACGCUGGUCCAUGGCCCAGAUUCAUCACGGCCCGAUCGUGCCUUUGCACGAUCGGGCCAUGAUAAAAGCACCCGCGAGCGCAUCGCCGACUCGCAGUCGACACCUCGCGGUAUCGAUUCAGUUUGCGCAAUCACCAUCGUCGCGCGAUCGCCCGCGACUGUCCCCGAUCCCCGUCCCCCUCGCAAGUCGCCGCUUCAUCCUCGCCUCGAUUGUUCUCACGAUGUCGCCCGGAGCUGUCGAGCACCGCGAGUCGACGAGACGCGACGUGUGCUGAAACGCAUGCUCACGUGCACGAUCGUCGGCUGCUUCCUGCUGAUACUCGUCGCCGUCGGCAUCGCGCUGUUGCUGAUCUACGAGCCGAUCUUCUUCGUCCGGCAGACAAACGUGCCGCAAACGUGAGAACUCGCUCGCUGAGAGGAGGUAUUCGAGGAAGUUUCCUUCCGAGAUCGAGAAUUUCCAGCAAGAUACGAUAAAUCUGUCUCGAUCACUGCAAGAUGAACGAGCGGAAGCUCCUCCUCGUAUUUUUUAUAUUUUCCACGGCGACUUUGGCGAGAUGCGGCUUGCUCGAGAUGUCUCAGAUGCUCUGGACCAAGGCGGUGUCGGGGGGUCUCACGAAGAUCGGCGACUUGAACCCGCUGCGGGUGCCGCUGAUCAAAGUGGAUCAGUCCGAAGGCGACACCAGCUACCGAAUAAUUCUGAGGAACUUGGAGAUCGUCGGUCUCAAUGAAUCCACGUUGGAGAGCGUUCAUGUAGCUCGUGGUGGGCUCAAGUCUAACCUGAGCGAGCUCGAGGCCGGCUACGUGAGUUACAGCGAUCUCAGGGACGUGGAGUCCGUCAGGUACAGAUUCCACACCAUGACGAGAGAGGUCAACGCGCCGCAGGAGAGCUCCCACGAUGCCGUGAUGGCGCCCUCGGGUGAAACCGCCGAUCUCAGGAGCCGAUACCAGGAGGACCGUCGCGAUAGGUCGCGACAAAAUCAGCAGCGAUUCAGCACCUUCGAGCAGAGUCGGCAGUACGACGACCGACGACCUGACGAGGUGGCCGUCGGGCCUCCCAGAGGCGGAACGCGCAGCGGCUCGGACACGAGCAUUCCCGGAAACGUCGCGAGCCACCAAUCUCCGGUUUAUCACGCUGAAUCUAUUUAUUCACGGGGAACGGAAGACUUCCAGGGGAAUUAUCGAAGCGACUCGCGCGCUCGUGGCGAUGACGCGGCCGAUUGCGAGGAAGCGCGAGACUCCCGGGAUCGAGCGUAUCCGAAGAGCUACCGGCGCUUUGAAGCGUCGCGGCAAGGCGCCGACGGUGGAGGACGGAUCGCCGACGCGGAGGUUUCCGCGUCGGAAGCGACCGGGUCGGCCAGGUCGAAAGAUCGCGCUGAUGCAAGAGCUAGCGGAGAAGCGCAACCUCGGGCGCGGCUGGACCCUGCGGCCUCGGGCGAUCCGAGAGAGACGCCGGAGGAGGAAGCGAGGCGGCGGCCGGGGUACAUCGACAUCGUCUACGCGGGUGACAGGGCUAACGGGAGCGUGAGGCGUUUUGGUAACUUCGGGGUCGAGCCCAGGGAGGAUCGGCGAGUGUACGGCAUCGGAGACGUCAUGAAGGACAUCCGGGAGAGCGCGAGGUUCAUCGUCCAUAACUUCACGGAGGGCGAAGCUCUGAUGAAGAGAAACGACAUGGCUCAAGCGGCGGGGGAAGCUAAAGGCUCGAGGGACUCGAUGAGGUACGCGAAGGGCCAUCAGGAGCAGCAGGGUUACUUUGAGGAAGGGAUGCAGCUGAUUUAUCAUUACGGUGGGAUGCGCCCGGUGAACGACACGGGGUUCAACGACACCAGGAGAGCGAAACGAGCGCAUUCGAAGGAAGCUGAAGGCGACGUGAUGCACGUGAUCCUGAGGAUACGCGUCCCGCUGCUUCGCGUGCGAUCCCAGUACACGCUCGUGGGGAAAGUAGGGAAGGAAGUGUUGCGCGGCAACGGCCUGUUCGCCGGGAACUUUACUGACCUGACGAGCGACUUCACGUUGGAGCUGAAAAGGGUGAACGGCGAGUUGAUGAUCGUGCGCGCCGCUCGUGCGAGACUCUCAGCCAGAGAUCAGAAGAUCACUCUUCAGGGUAUGGACGAGGAGGGUCCGGUGCGAGCUGCUCUCAGCCACGGUUUAACGGCUGCGGAGGCAGUCGCCGCGAUGCUCGCCGACGACUUCGCCACGAAGGGGCUCAGCGAGAAAACGGCCGACGCGGUCAUCUACAGGAUGUACCAAGAUCUGCCGGUCAAUUAGGCAAGCCGUCUGACUGGACAGUCGCCCCCGGAAGGAAUCUCUCGCCUUUGUGCCUUGCUCUGCACCUUUCGCCCGGCGCGCGUUUACUUACUUAUCCGCCGCUCUUCUCCUCUCCUAUCUGUAUUCGUUCGAGUGAGUCUGCGCGCGUCUCGGCCGUUUCUUCGCUUAUACACGUCGCAAUUCGUGCACGAUUCGCGCGUUCAUUUAUUUAUUUAUUUAUUUAUUUAUUUAUUUAUUCAUUUACUCGCACGUAUAUAUACGUAUUUGUGCACUCUCAAGCCUCGGGGUCUCGGGUUAACCGAAACGUGGUGAAUAAAGCGACUUUUCUAACAGCAGAGGCACGGACUACUCUUCGGCGAAGUUCUUUCCGACAUCGUGCGGCUCGCGCGGAAGAGACGAGAGAUUCUCGUCACUCUUUACGUAAUUUCGUCAUCGUCGUGGCGUUCGAGCUUUCGACAUUCCUCGCUUCUUCCGCUACUUGCAGGGAGAGUCUCUUUGUGACCCCGGAUUCCCACACGGGCGAACAGGUUUUAACUUACCAAAGAAUAUCGCGUGCACGACUUUUUCGUUUUGGCAUCAGAAAACAGCAUCGGGCUGAGAUUCGCACGCACGCGACGAUCGAAGGAAGUAAAUCGAUGUCGCAAGUCCGCUUUUCACGUCGACCACCGGCAGAAUUUCCCCGGAUCGUCCCCUGUCCCUCCUCCAUUGACGUCGCCAUUCGCAUUUGUUUCACGUUACAUGCGAGGGAAGAUUGCGCAAGAUCGCCGGCAAGAACGGCACGACGACGAUUUAUCCUAAUGACAAUCCGCGCCCAAGACAACCACUGUCGUUCAUUAAUCUCAGCCAAUCGUAGGAGGAAUCCCCGAGGCCAGGGAAAGAAUGCGAGAGGCGGGGAAGAAAAAAGGAACAGCCGCGGCGAUUAGCGGCGACAGAUCGACGUAUCGGAAUAACCGCACAGUGAUGCGUAUCUUGGCACAAAUAUUGAUUCCUUACGCGUGUCAAUUCGUGACACUCGAGUCGCCGAGGCAUCAUUAGAAAGCUACGCUACGCUGGCGGCGAAUUAAGAAGGAGAAAAAAAAUCCUCUCACAGCGAGAUUUUGCGUUUAACGACCGAGUGAAUUCUCUCCUCCCCUC